AUGGACUCGACAUUGUCCGUUGUGGGCGUGCCGCUGCGUGUGGGCGUUAAUUAUGCACCGAAAUUUAGCAUGCGACAAAUCUACAGUAAGAAGCACUUUCGCGCUGAACGCUAUCGCCACGAGGUCGCCAAUCAUUAUCGCGACUUCAAGAUGCAACAGUCGUCACUGUUGCAGAUGCAACGACGAAUGUUGUCGACGUCGGGUCAGCGACGUCAGCGACGUGUGCGUUGCGUCCGUUUGUUGCGUCCAUUGGCGCCAUUAGGGGCGCCAUCAUUAGCGUCAUCGUAUGCUCAAUUCCGUGGUCAGCUGCCCACCCAUGUGCACUACUUUCCAAGAUUCGGCGAUACGUAUACGCAACGUGGACGGCAGACGAUUUGCUCGGCAGCGCCACCGGACGACACCUACAACGAUACGUUGCGUCGCAUCAAAAGCGCCCAAAGCUGUGACGAACUGAAGGCGCUCGUGCAGCGUCAACUCGACUGACAACAGCAGUGGCGGCGUCGUUGUGGCAGCCAUGAUGGCCGCAACACCAACAGCAACAGCAACAGUAGCAGCAGCAGCAAUAGAGAGAAGUCCGAGCAACAACGUGACACUGGCGGCAAUUAUGAGCAGCGUGUGCUAGAUAUUAAUGCGCUAAAUGCGGCGGAAAACCUACAAAAACAGCAACGCAUCGACUUCUAUACUUAUUUGCAAUUGGCCAACGGAUACUACGAGCGCGGUUUGCAGGCGAACAUUAAGUAUCUGCAAUCGAUUGGGCAACGUAAUGCGAUAAAGCAACAGCAGCAGCAGCAACAGCAACGCCAGCGACUUAAGCAGCAGCAGCAGCGACGCUACUCGUUGGACGCCUGGCCACAACAACAGCAAGAACAAACAGUUGUUGAACAGCAGCCAACAACAAUAACAACAGCGACAACAACGACCCAUCGAUUGCCGGGUAGAUUGAGUGCGUUAUUGAAAAAUUUGCGGCAUCGCAAGCGUUGCCAGACUGUUGCGCAAAGCAACGUUGCCAUUCGUGUGCAUAUAGCGCCAGCGCAACAACAACAACAUCAACAGCAGCAAGGUAGCAUGUGUGAUUAUGCCGAAAGCAUUAACAAUCAUAAUAAUCAUCACAACAAUAUUAAUAAUAACAACAUUAACAACAACAGCAGCAGCAGCAGCAACAACAGCAGCAAUUGCAAUCUGCCAGCAAUCGAACAAAUUGAACAGCAACAGCGUAAACUUUACGAAAUAAUCGAUAACUUGAGCCAGCUCAGUUUGUGCGAUAACAAAAGUGGCGGCAAACGAUUACCGCUGAUUACGCUCACCGAUUACACGCAACAGGUGGCGCUGUAUGGCGGCAAUUUCGAUAUUCUUGCCAGUUGUCAAUUGCAAAUACCCAACGACGAAGCCAGACCACCAACAUAAUAAUAAUACAGAUAAUAUAUAUAUAUUAUAUAGCCAACAAAUAUAAUACUCGACAACAAGUGCAAUUAAUUGCCACACACA